CGAAGCCAUACCGCAACCAAAUCAAUCCAAAUUUACUCUCCUCCCAUUCCUACCUCCACCGUUCGAUGACCAGGGAACAUGUCUCUCGCCAUGGAAGACGACUUUGGCAUCGUAUACGUCGUCGAGAAUGCUCAACAGUUCUGGUCAGAGCUGGACGACAUUUUGACGAUGCCACGAGGAGCCCCGCCGACGCUGCAACAGCUGGACGGGAUGAUGAGCAGGUGGCUGGGAUUAUGUGCCAUAUAUCAUGAACUCUAUUUGCAAACACCGCUCCAGCUGGAACAUGCGGUUGACCUUUUACUCGAUUCGGAGCUGUGGGCCUUUCACUCAGAGAGAAUGUGCGAGAGUCUGGCAGAGACUGUCAAGUCAAAUACCGACCCACACGCUCAGCUCGUUAUUUUCAAUGUUCUACUCCGGUACGGGCAGCGAAAAACCGAUUUUUUCCGCGCGCAAAAGCGGUGGGGCACGUUGGUACCGUUGCUUAUGGACCAUACCCUCGUUGAGAUUGAUGAGAACGAGGACGGCGUCAUCGAGGCUAAACUAAGGCUAGUAGGUGUGAAGUUGCUAUAUGAAGUCUGUCGUUGGCAGAAGCUCACCGUCGCAGAGUUACGCGUCUUCGACGAUUCAUUCGUUGAUUACUUAUUUGACCUGGUGGAGCAGACAAGACAUGUCCAGGACGAGACCUUCAACUACUCCGUAAUAAAGCUAAUAGUGGCGUUCAACGAACAGUUUAUGGUGGCCUCUAUAUGCGAUCGCGAACAGAGCGGCGUAGAGAAGAACCGCGUUCUGCGGGUGUUGAUGCGGCGACUAGGCUCGAGCAAGACCUUUGGAGAAAACAUGAUAUUUAUGCUCAACAGAGCUCAGCGGACACCAGACGACUUGUGCAUGCAAUUACUGGUACUCAAGCUGAUCUAUCUACUAUUUACGACAAAGGGUACCGAAGAAUAUUUCUAUACGAACGAUCUAUGCGUGCUAGUUGACGUGUUCUUAAGAGAAGUGGUUGAUUUGGACGAAGAUAGCGAGUCGCUGCGACAUACGUAUCUCCGCGUAUUACAUCCGCUAUUAACGAAGACGCAACUCAAGGAUGUACCAUAUAAGCGGCCUCAGAUCAAGUACGCCUUGGAGAGCUUGGUGCGGGAUAGCAGAAUACACGAUAUCAAUCCGACGACUAAAAGGCUCGUGGAGCGGUGUCUCGGAGGGCAGUGGUGCGUGCAGCUGAAAAAGGCAGACGACGUGUCCAGAUCGUCUACGCCGAGCGAUACUGUUGCGCCAAGCCGGAGCCACCUGGGCCUUCCAGCGAGCGUUGAUGGCGUCGGUCCAGGAACGCCUGGAAAGACGCUCAAAUCUACCCGAAGCGCAGAAAAUUUGGUCGCGAAGGGAGUGAAUGGAAUGAAUGGCGCCAAGGGAACCAGGGUGGGGGCCGUAAGAAGACCGAGUAACGCUAGUGCCGGUAGUUUCUCUGGCGUGGCGACCGCUGCUCCAUCUACUUCAUCCAAACCCCCGGUCCCUUACCCACGUCGGAAAGGAACUUCCAGCUCAGAACAUGUGGAGAGACUUCACGUUGAACGACCAUCACCUCAUUACAUCGAUCUGUCUGCCCAAUCCGAUGCUGGCGGCGAACCGACUCGAACUAAGCAUCGGAAACCCCCACCUGCGCCCGUGGCGGUCAGCGCUCCGUCUUCACCGGCUUUCAGGCAACCUGGCGUCUAUUCAGCUCCUCCCCCAAUACCACCGAAGCGGAGAAAGCCUCCAGCUGUGCCCGUCAGAUCAUCUGGUGGGCAGGGCACAGUUUUCGAGACUAUCAAGACUUCAGCGGCGAGUCCAUUGACCAGAUGAGCUGCUAUUUGACCUAUUUAUUACCAUUCGAUUUCUUCAUGUCGUACCUCGGCCUUGUUGUAAUUAUUUUAGUGGAUCACUGCACCUUAUCCAGACAGUCCACACUUUACACUCGCCAUCUUGUACGCCCGUACUCCAACAGGCAAAUGCUUUCCUCCGCUUACAAGAAGUCAUACGUACUUGAG